UAAAUAAGAGGGGAUAGGAACUCAUGUUAUGACAUAAGGUUGAUUUUCAGAACGCAUCUUCUGACAUAUGACAUUACACACAUAUGUUCUCAUUUUCUAGAUUAACAUAGUGGGUGUUUAUGUUUUUGAUGAUGUGGAAGUAGAUGUAACUCAAUCACAUGAACCAAUAAGUUUAAGCCACGCAGCUCAUGAGAAUCUGGGACAGUUUUAAUUUAAUAACCAAAAAUAGGUCCACAGUAGAAUUAAAACUUUGAACAAAAUGGGCUUAAAAGUAUAUGAAAUCUUAGUAAUUCUUCUAAUUUCGUCGGUAAUUGGUAAACCAGAAGAAGAACAUCCGCAAAGAGUUGUUACCCGAGAAUUAAGUGAUAAAGAACAUUUCGAACAACAGCAUCAUAACUCAGAAUAUGACCACGAAGCAUUUUUGGGGGCGGAAGAGGCAAAAACCUUCGAUCAACUACCUCCUGAAGAGAGUAAAAGGAGACUGGGUUUAAUUGUAGAUAAAAUUGAUGUCAAUAAAGAUGGAUUGAUUAAUAGAGAAGAAUUGAAAGAUUGGAUUAGAUUCACACAAAAAAGAUAUAUCACUGAAGAUAUAGACAGACAAUGGAAACAACAAAAUCCUGAUAAUCUUCCAACUUUAGAGUGGGAACGAUACCAAAAAAUGGUUUACGGCUUUCUGGAAAACAUGGAUCCAUCUGAAAUCGAAAAAGAUGGAACAGGAUUUUCAUACAAGAAAAUGAUGAACAGAGAUAGGAGGCGUUGGCAAACUGCAGAUAAAGACGGUGAUGACAGUUUAACCAAAGAGGAAUUUGCAUCUUUUCUACAUCCCGAAGAAGACCAAUAUAUGAGUGAUUUGAUUGUAGUGGAAACUUUAGAAGAUAUUGAUAAAAACAAUGAUGGCAAAGUUUCCUUGGAAGAAUACAUUGGAGAUAUGUACAGAGGAGAAGAUGGUGAAGAAGAACCAGAUUGGGUGAAAAGUGAACGAGAACAAUUCAACACCUACCGGGAUAAAGACGGCGAUGGUUUCAUGGACAGUGAUGAAGUGAAAAACUGGAUUUUACCAGAAGACUUCGAUCAUGCUGAAGCAGAAGCUAGGCAUUUGAUAUACGAAGCCGAUUCUGAUGCCGACGAACAACUCACUAAAGAUGAAGUUUUAUCCAAAUAUGAUAUUUUCGUAGGAUCCCAAGCUACAGAUUUUGGAGAAGCGUUAGCUAGGCACGACGAAUUUUAAAUGUGAAAUCUUAGAUAUGAUUGAACAAAUUUACAUUUGAUAUUAUUGGAGUGUUGUAUCCAAUAUUUGUAUACUAACACUUCACAUUCUUUUUUUGUUCUCGCAGAUACUUACCAGUUUGUGUCUCAUUGUAUGCUUAAAUUUAGAGUAAGUGAAAUUUUUUCUACAGUUUCUUUUUCUAUUCUUCUAUUUUGAAAAAUAUAUAUACGUGCAUUAUUUUUGUACAUUGUUCCUAAUUAAAAAUAAUAAUAAAUUGAGUGCAUGUAUAGUUAGGCAACUCAAUGAACUAAUCCUAAGACAAAUAAUUUAUCAUAUAAUAAAGUAAUUCUAAUCACUUUUUUCAUUUCAAUAUUGAUUUUCUAGAAUCCUAUGUCACCUACCUUCAUUUAUUUUCUCUAUUGAUCUUUGAAGCCUGGAAAAUAAAAACUUUGAAAUAAUCUUCAAAAAGUGCAUAAAAUGGAGAGAAUUAAAUUAUCAAAUCCCUAGUUAACGACCAAAACUGACGGUACCAUAUAGUAAUACUAGGAUAAUAUGGGUGUAAAUUUUUUCAGAAAAUUUGGCUUCCUAUUUUUAAAAAAUUGUAUUUUGUAUGAAAUAAUGCAAAAUAUUUGUUACCUUCAUUACACUUUUUAUACAUACUUUUCUUUGAAGUUGCCAAGGUUUUUGAUUGCAUACACCUAGCAACCAUGUAAACCCAAAAAACUACUUUUUACAUACUAUUCCAAUUUGGUAUUGUCAAAUGGUUUCAUAGAAUAAAUCAGUUCCCUCAAAUGCAUUGUAUUGACCAAUUAGUUUUGGUAUGGAUAUGUAUAUGUUACCGUUUAUUUUAUAGAUUACCUAGUUAUUCCAUGAAAUAACUGAUCGUGUCCGUUAAAGUGUGUAAUAUGUUAUUAAUUUGACAUUUUGAUUAGUUAUUUUAUAGAAAAACGAUCUGUUAAUGAUAACGACAAAUAUAUUUACCUUCCACCCUUAUUGUACCUAUGAACUAUUACAGGCCAUAAAGAUAGAACUUGUUUGGUGUCUUGGUGCUAGUUCAUUCUGAUUAAUUGAUUGCUUGCACGUACAGUGCCAGCUGCUGUUCGUGAAAUACUGUUUCCACGUAUCAGGUUUGAGAUACUUUUAUUUUUUCAAGUUUUAUAAUUUAGUCAUUUGUUAUUACGUUAAUUACGAUUGUUUACAUUAAGUGCAAUUAUUUUUAAGACCUUAAAUUGCCUUGAACAAUGAAUUCUUCAAGUGAUAACUAAAAAUUAUUAAGUUUGGUAGCUGAUAUAAAGAAAUCUAAAACAUCAGAUAAGAAAGUGGCACGUGAUUAUUGGUUACUUCAACAUUACGAUGUCCUUGAAGUUCAAGGAGUAGAAAAAUGAAUAGUCCCAGUAACAAACGCAACACCAGAUGGAAUGUUUUAUUACUCAAGUGAUUCUUUGUUUGACAUUUUGUAUGAAACUCAUUUAUAUAUUGGGCACGGUGGUGAGACCGAAUGAUAAAAGAACUUAAUCUUUGUUACAAAAAUAUUAUGCAAAACUAUUAAGAUUUUCCUGAAUUUUUGUAAAUCUUGUCAACAAAAACGCAAAGCGGUCAGAAAAGGUAUUGCUGUUAAACCCAUGAUUUUUUCACAUAUGUUUCACAAAUGAAUUCAAGAUGUCAGGUUAACCUCAUAGAUUUUCAAUUUAUAAUAAUCAAUCAAUAAAUUUAUUUUAGUUUAUCAUGAUCACCUUACAAAGUUUGUAGUUUUAAGACCUUUUUAAAUAAAGAGAACUGAAGAAGUUCCAGGACAGUUGCUUGAUAUAUUCCUGUUGUGUAGAGCUCCAUGUAUAUUGCAGUCGGACAAUGGAAGAGAAUUUUGUAACAAACUUAUGGACGACUUAAAAUUAACUUGGCCAGAGCUUAAGAUCGUACAUGAGAAACCAAGACAUAGCCUAUGCUAAGAUUGUGUUGAGAGAGCGAAUCAAGACAACCAGUAAACUUUGUGGAGUAACAGGUUAAAAGUUAUCCAGUUUAUGAAGAACAGAGCGUUCCAUUCUGGUAUUAGAAGGUCACCUUACGAGGCUAUGUUUGGUUGCGAAGCUACAGUUGGACUGUCAACAACUGCCAUUUCGAAGGAAGCACUUAAUUGUAUGUAUACAUACCUCAAAUGAUGAAGAUCAAUUGCAAAAUACUUCGACUACAAUGAAUGUUUCUUCUCAACCUGAUAACGAAAAAGUAGUUGAACAAACAGUAUUAAAUAAUCCCAUUACGAAAGUAUGUGUUGUCUGUUUAAAAUAAUGCAGUGAAGAUAUAGUUUGCUUCGAAUGUAUGAAGCAUAUCCUGUUCGGAAGAUUAUGUUUCAGAAGAUGAAGUUGAGCAGAAAAGUCUAAAAAAUGCUUGGAAAUUCAAGCGAUAAAAAAAAUCUAUUUUAGCUAUCAUCAUAAAAAUAACCUAAGAAGGAUUUUUACAAUUGGGCACAAGGAACGGCCGCAUAAAACAAUUAUAUUCCCGAUCCCAGUUCAGUGUCUGUGAACAAAAGUUAAUUAGAAUAGAAGAAGUACCGCAUGAUGAAAUAUCGGACUGGUCUGUUGCUCCAGCUCAAAGUUUAGGUAAUGGUCAGGGAUUUAAAAAAUUUUCGUGUAAAACCCAGUGUGUCAACAAAAAAUGUUUUUGUUUUAGAAAUAAUGUUAUUUAUAAUCCAAGUGUCAUUUUAGUAGUGCUUGUAACAAAUGAUUUUAUGGUACGUUUCCAUAAAUACCAUUUAUAAGCUGAAUAAAUUAGAUGAAUUGCUUCUUUUUUAUUUUAAUGUCUAUCAUUAGUUUAUUUUUAGAAUAACUAGUUAUAUCAUUUUAGAUAAAUCGUUCAUUUUACAAUUCAACUGUCUCUCAUUAGUUAAUUUAUAUAAUAUUUAGUUAUUUCAAGAAAUAAGUAGUUAAAGUGUCAAAUUAAUAACAUAUUACAUACUUUAACGGACACGAUCAGUUAUUUCAUGGAAUAACUAGGUAUUCUACGAAAUAACUGCAUUAUAUACUUUAACGGUAACAUAUAUAACUUUAUUUCAUCAUAAGAAUAUCGUUUCGUACUGAAUCGACGCUCUAUAUUUACAACGUUAUUAUCCAUCCAACGUGUACAUAGUAUCCCAUUAUUUUGUCUAUCACAGAUUUAAAGGUUUCCUUAGGUUUACACUUCAUGUCAUGAUAUGAGGAUUUAAGUUUGUUGUUCUAUUCUUUUGUUUAUCUGUUAUUAGGGCCUUGAAGUUUAUAAAGGUUUUGAAGAACCAUCAAAGUAUGAAAUGCAUCAUAUAUUAGAGCCUUUAUGGUCACUUGCACCGUAAGGUUAACAAUGGUUUAAAUUUUAAUACUGGCUUAAUUUUUUUUUUAUUUGCACCGUGUGUUAAACGAAGUUUUAACGUUUUUAAACUUCAAGGUAUCCAGAAAGGGUAUCGGGUAUUUGUAAGUUCAAGUAAUCAAAUAAUAUUUAUUAGCAAUAAAAGUUUUUAUUGUUUUUUGAUACCAUAGGAAUUGGAAAAUUAUUUGGAAAAUAUGAUGUUAUCCAAAUAAUGACCGUUACGUUGCUGGCACUCUUCUAAACGGGAACGAAGAUUGGCGAUAACACGUCGACACAAAGCUCUUGAUAUUGCUGCCAUUUCUGACCUGAUGUUUUCCUUCAAUUGGGUUAGGUUCGUUGGAUUAUUUUGAUAAACCUUACUUUUAAGGUAUCCCCAUACAAAAUAGUCAAGGAAUAGGAAUAGAAUAUCUUCUUUGAUCCAAAGUUCCCAUAUUUUUUACGAUGAUAUAAUAGGAAAUUGACUGGUUUCAUAUCCAUACUAUGAUAUGUAUGUACAUUUAGAAUCAGUUUUUGAAUGAUUAUAUAGUUUUCAGAGACUUACAAGAGCUGUAUUCUCAGAAAAACUUAUUGGUGGUGACUCAUUCCAAGGAAGUAACUAGACAAUUUUAUUGAAUUUAACACAACUCCACUACAACUUUUUUUUGAUAAAUUUGAAUUUAUAUGGUUUUUCACUUUUUGUCGAGGAACUGUUGCCUCGUUCUUUACAAUUAUCCUAAAAUUUUAUUUUAUUUUGCACUUAUUUACUGAUGUAACCAUAUACAAUGAUGAUAAAAAAUAAUAAGGAAUUGUUAUAUGGAAUAAAAUAAAAAAAAAUUAGCUAAUCAUAAUCAUUUAUUCAAUUUCUGAUUAUUUGCUGCUGCCUACAUGUCGGUUUUUAGUUUUUCGAUUUACCUUGGGAGAUCUACUUGUGCCAUUGAAUGUACAUAUAAAAUGUUUAAAAAGUGAAGUCUCCCAUGACGAGUUUUUUUCUUGAUUUGUAUGUUUGUCCGUUUCUUUGUUUUCGAUAACAUUUUUUAAUUUUGCGAUGAUAUUACACGUUUUGCAUUCAUUGUAUUACGUGAAUUUUACAAGAAUCUCUUAAAAUAUAAAAAUAAACACGAAAAACCACUUGUAAAACUUUAAAAUGCUUUAUAUGAAGAUAGAUGUUUGUACCAAUACAUCUAAUUUUUAAGAAAAUUUCCCCAAAUCAAUAACUUUAACUUGAGCCGAAUAAAAUACGAUGCAAGCGAUUAUGAUUUAAAUCGCCGUUUGAAUUUUAACAGCCUGUUAUUUUAAACAGUAGAUUUUAGAUUACGAUGCAAGUAGGCCUGAAUUGUUGUAAAUAUUGGAGGAAACAUAAAAGUAUGACAUAAUAUCAUAUAUUAGCGCCUUGAAUGUAAAUAUUCGAAGGUCUAUCAAUUUCAAAAAUGCUGUACAAAACAAUGUUUUAUCAGUAUUAACAAAAGUAGGUGCAAAUGUCAAUUGCCACUUGUCACUCAUAUUUCACAGAUUAAAUCAGAUCAAGGUUAUCCAACCUUAAAGGGUUGAGCAUAUAUGUAUACUUCUAUAUGGACAGAUGAUAUGGGAAAAAACAUCGCUACGUUACGAUGCUGACAAUAUUCAUUUUCUCUCUCGUUCGAGAUACUUUAUCUGUACUGCGCAUGCUUCAUUCGCGCAAAAGCUGCGUAGAACUAACUGAAUCUCCCGGAGGAGAGAGAGUACGAUACACUAUUUGCUCCACUUAGUCGAAACACCUUCCACUUAUUGGAACUGUCCAUAUAGAAGUAUUACAUAUUUGGGGUUGAUGACAUCUAUGUUUAGAAAAAGAAAAGGAAGAAUGUUGGGUUGUUUUUGUUG